ACCCUGAGCGCUGCGCGAUUGGCUCGGGCGCGCCUUCAGUCUCCGGACGCGUCGCCACCCUCGUUUCCGACCGCCCAGAGACCGGCAGUGGCAUUGGUGCUGGCGGGGCCGCGGCAGAGGGCAGCGUGCGCCCAGCUUGCUCCUGCUCACCCGCGGGUCGGCGCGCUCGCCCAGCUGAGGGGCGACCAGAGCUGCGGGGCGGCCGGGCUGCACCUCAGCCACCUCCUGGGAAUCUGAGGCAGCCAGUCCCAGAUCCGGGAUGGGGAACGGGCGAAGUUGACGAGCCCCUGACCCCCACUGCGCCCCUUCUGCCCCGAGGAGUGCUGCCUUCCCCAGGAGGUCCCGGACACGGCCCUGCUCCAGGUGUGCGCGGGACACCCUGCGUCCCGGGGCCCGAAAACUUCACCCCAAGUCCGCAGAGUGGGCUCCGAGGGCGGUGCCCGGAGCUGGACUACGGACUCCGCGCGCGGGGAGCGUAUCCUGGCGGCACUCGCGGCCGUCGGAGGGCGGAGACCCACUGGAAACUUUAUCACCAUCACUGUAAUUACUACGUGUUACUGUUUCUCUCCCCGCAGGAGCUGCAGCCAACGGGUUGUCGCGCGUGCUCCUUUGGCGAAGGAGCCCCCCAAGGGCGGAGACCCCCCGGAGAGUUGCCUCCCCAGGGGAUACCUGCAGCCCAGCCGACGGGCUUGGGCGGCCUGGAUGCGCAGGACCCAGCCCCGCAGCCGCUGACGCCGGGCGGCGGCGAAGUUUGGCUGCUGAGCGGCGCGGCGCGGGGCCACUGCACGGAGGGCGGCCGGGCGGCCGCGGCGGCGGGCGCGAUGCCGGUGGGGGGCCUGUUGCCGCUCUUCAGCAGCCCCGCGGGCGGCGGCCUGGGUGGGGGGCUCGGCGGCGGCAGCGGCGGCGGCAGGAAAGCAUCGGGCCCCGUCGCUUUCCGCCUGACGGAGAAGUUCGUACUGCUGCUGGUGUUCAGCGCCUUCAUCACGCUCUGCUUCGGGGCGAUCUUCUUCCUGCCCGACUCCUCCAAGCUGCUCAGCGGGGUCCUGUUCCACUCCAGCCCCGCCCUGCAGCCGGCCGCCGACCACAGACCCGGGCCUGGGGCGCGCGCCGAGGACGCGGCGGAUGGGCGAGCUCGGCGAGGCGAGGAGGACGCGCCCGGAGACCAGGAGGCCGCCCUGGAGGACAACUUGGCCAGGAUCCGCGAAAACCACGAGCGGGCUCUCAGGGAAGCCAAGGAGACCCUGCAGAAGCUGCCGGAGGAGAUCCAAAGAGACAUCCUGCUGGAGAAGGAGAAGGUAGCGCAAGACCAGCUGCGUGACAAGGCGCUGUUCAGGAGGCUGCCCCCGGUGGACUUCGUGCCACCCGUCGGGGCAGUUGGCAGGGAGCCGGCCGACGCAGCCAUCCGCGAGAAGAGGGCAAAGAUCAAAGAGAUGAUGAAACAUGCCUGGAAUAAUUAUAAACGUUAUGCCUGGGGAUUAAAUGAACUGAAACCUGUAUCAAAAGAAGGCCAUUCGAGUAGUUUGUUUGGUAAUAUCAAAGGAGCUACAAUAGUAGAUGCCCUAGAUACACUUUUUAUUAUGGAAAUGAAACAAGAAUUUGAAGAGGCAAAAUCAUGGGUUGAAGAAAAUCUGGAUUUUAAUGUGAAUGCUGAAGUUUCUGUUUUUGAAGUAAAUAUACGCUUUGUUGGGGGACUACUCUCAGCCUACUAUCUGUCUGGAGAAGAGAUAUUUCGAAAGAAAGCAGUGGAACUUGGGGUAAAAUUGCUACCUGCAUUUCAUACUCCCUCUGGAAUACCUUGGGCAUUGCUGAAUAUAAAAAGUGGGAUUGGAAGGAACUGGCCCUGGGCCUCAGGAGGCAGCAGUAUUUUGGCAGAAUUUGGAACUCUGCAUUUGGAGUUUAUACACUUAAGCCACUUAUCAGGAAACCCCAUCUUUGCUGAAAAGGUAAUGAAUAUUCGAACAGUACUGAACAACCUGGAAAAGCCACAAGGCCUUUACCCUAACUAUCUGAAUCCCAGCAGUGGACAGUGGGGUCAAUAUCAUGUAUCAGUUGGAGGACUUGGAGACAGCUUUUAUGAAUAUUUGCUGAAGGCCUGGUUAAUGUCUGACAAGACAGAUCUAGAAGCUAAGAAGAUGUAUUUUGAUGCUGUUCAGGCAAUUGAGACUCACUUGAUCCGCAAGUCUAGUAGGGGGCUGACUUACAUCGCGGAGUGGAAAGGCGGCCUCUUGGAACACAAGAUGGGCCACCUGACCUGCUUUGCUGGGGGCAUGUUUGCACUUGGGGCAGAUGACGCUCCUGCAGGCCUGACACAACACUACCUUCAACUUGGGGCUGAAAUUGCCCGGACCUGUCAUGAAUCUUACAAUCGCACAUUUAUGAAACUGGGACCAGAAGCUUUCAGAUUUGAUGGUGGUGUGGAAGCCAUUGCCACAAGACAAAAUGAAAAAUACUACAUCCUACGGCCAGAGGUUGUGGAGACUUACAUGUACAUGUGGCGACUGACUCAUGAUCCAAAGUACAGGAAGUGGGCCUGGGAAGCUGUAGAGGCCCUGGAAAAUCACUGCAGAGUGAAUGGGGGCUAUUCCGGCCUCAGGGACGUUUACCUCAAACACGAGAGUUACGAUGAUGUGCAGCAAAGUUUCUUCCUAGCGGAAACACUGAAAUAUUUGUACUUAAUAUUUUCUGAUGAUGACCUACUUCCCCUGGAACAUUGGAUCUUCAAUACCGAGGCACAUCUACUGCCUAUACCCAGUACGACUAAAAAAGAAGUUGAAGUCAAUGAAAAAUAAAAGGACAUUUUAUAUUUUACUCUGCUCCAUUCCCUUCACUACAUACCUUAAUAAUUCCUUUUCUGGUAUUUGGACAAAUGAUGAAUUUUUAUUAAUAGUUCUGUGAUUAUUAUAAGUUCUAAAAUUGUUUUGCAGUCUUUUAUGUUUAUUAUCAUAGGCAUAGAAGCACCUAAAUUCCUUAUCAUAUCCUUUAUUAUUCAGUCAGCAGAUCACAGGAUUUUUUUCCUUAAGUAACCUCUGGAGUUCAUGAAGGGUGUGGUAUCACUUUUAUUAAACUGAAUAGAAUGGUAUACCAAUGACCUCUUAAUUACAAUUUUGAUUUGACUGCAAAACUCUUUCCUCCUCUAUGAGGAGAUGAUGUCUGCUUUAAGCUGUAAUGUUUUGCCAUGUUGCAAAAAGCCAUAAUAGUAAAUUAAAUAUUAAAAAAGCUUUUUCCUCUUCAAUUUUAUGUUAAUCUGGUUUGUCUAUCCACCAGAGACAGAUCUUGUAACUGUGACAGCCUCCUUAUGCGGAUCUAUCUUAUUUGAUAGAAUGUCUUCUAAAUACUUCACUCACAUUGUAAUUCAAAUUAGAAUGUCAUCCCAAAGGAUCACCUCAUGUUGACCUCAUUCCAUUGGAACCACAGUAUAUUUUUGUUGGUUAAUUAGUGUUUCCUAAUUUGUGAAUUAGUUCUUGAAUUUUACUUUAAAUGUCCUGUGUCAUUUCUGGAUCAUGUACUGGUAAAUUUUUUCCAUUCCCACCACUCAGCAAAAUGAGCCUUCAAGUUUUGCAGAGCUCUGCUAUGAAUGAUUGUAUGUCUAAAAGAGAAUAGUAUAACUUUUAGUGUGCCAGCUUUUGCUUUUAACUGAAUAUAUAGAGAAAUUGAGUAUCUCUAAAGAGAGAGUGAAUAUUUCAUAUAGUUUUUGGUUUGCAUUUCAUCUUUAAUUUAUUUUCUUAAAAAAAAAGCAUUACAUUUGGUUCAGAUUUUUCAGAUUUGAAAAGGGCCCUUUCUCAAAUGGAGUAAAUUAAUUUCAUUUCAAUUUAUAAAAGCAGGAUUUACCUUUGAAAAAGCUUUGCCAAUGUAUCUAUUCAUGGUUAGUUGAGAAAAAUCUAAUAAACUUUUAGGCCAAAUAAGAAUAUAGUAUAUUUUUUCAGGUGAAAUUUAACAUAGAGAUUCCAUCUUAGAAGCAAUAUGUAGGAAUGGACACUCCCAAUCCCCAACAAUCCUGUAGCAGAUGAAAAUAAUUACAUGAUUCUUCAUUACAAAGAGCCUUGUUUAGAGAUAUGAGUGGUUUUUCCCAAGAAUAGGUUUAGUGACACCUCAUAUUUUUAUAUCAUAUUGUUUUCAUAUUUUAUAUAUAUUCCCAUGAAAGGGCUAACAUGAUGAUGCAUAUACUGAGGUAUAAAGACUUUGACCACCUACAUUUUCAACCUCAGCAGUCAAAUAGAUGAGAGCAACCCAAUGGAUUAGGCUGAAGCAUAUGAAAUUGCUGCAUUCAUAGUUUAAAAACUAUCCAAUUUCAGCAAUUUCAUAUGGUUCAACCUAAUUUUUUAGGACAAUUAUUUUCUUAGAUCUCAAUAGACUUUAAUAGUUUUAGCUGUUUUGGCGUUUGAAAGUAGUUCAAACAAUUUCCUUUGAAAGGACCGCUUCUUUUUUCUUUUUUCAAUAUUGUACAUUGGUAUAUGUGAAAGGAUAAAUUGAUAAAAUUAGUAAAUGAAAAACUAUAUCAUUAUUGCCAUGCUAAUGUGUUUCUGUGACCCAGAAUAACUUCUUCCACUCACAUUUUCAGCUCACUUUAUAAAGUAAAUGCAUAGUGAGAGUCCUCUUUUUCCAGCACUUAAAGGCAAAUUAUAAAAGAUCAUUGCCAAAAUUGGGCCAUAUGUAUUUAGAUUAUAAUUUUCAUAUGAAUAUCCUUGGACUAGCAAUUUAAUUUAUUUUAUUUUCACUUUGCUUUGAAAGAGCACAAAGUUUAUAUGUAUUUCUGCAGCAGAUGGGAUAUUACAACCAGGUUUUAUGUACACACUACAGUGUACCUUUUGUGUCUGGGUAUAAACAGGCAAGGAGAUUGUACUACAUGUUGCUCUGCCAAUGGCCAGAACAGAGUUUUGUCAAUUCUGGAACUUGGAUUUUUUAACUUAAGUCCCAAAACACCAAAAAUGCAAACAAGAUAAAGAGAUUACUAUUAUGGUGAUGUAAUUUAAUUAAAGUUACACUUUGUGUUAUUUUAAACAACUGAAGUCCUUACGUAAACAGCUGUCUUUCAUUCAUUUUCAGCUAAACUGUGCAGUUAAGUUUACAUAUGUAUUCACAUCCUAAAAGGUGAAUAAUUGAAAUAGCACUUAAUUUUGUGUUCCUGCAUAUUUUUCUGGUAUACUUUGUGCGAUGAAUAUUACACAUAUAAGUUGUAUGGCAAUUUACAGAACUCACUGAUGUUUGUCAUGACUCCUUCAUAGGUAGUAUCCAUUCUUUCCAUUGAUUGUUUUUGAUUUGUACAUAAAUCUAUUCUGUCACUUCCAACUUUAUAUAAAUCUCUGAUGUUAUGGGAAACAUAAUAGAUUGACACAUAAUUUUUAAAAACUAUAUUUGUAAAAUUUCUCUAUUGUGAAUAAAGCCUUUUAAUAUAUCUCCUCA